CAUCUAAACUCAACUAAAAAUGCCUGGGCUCGUCGUCUGUGGGUCGGUCCAUCUAAAAACUUGUGAAAUUUUUUAAAUUUAAAGCAAAAAAUGAAUCAUUUCACUCAAUUAUAUCAUUUCUUUUGUUAUCCUACUUCAUUUUUCCUUUCAUAAUGAUUUCAACUAUCCAUUAAGCAUGAUCAUAAUUCAAUGAAUGUUUUGACGUUUCAAGACAGAAAUUUUCUAAAUAUGGUUUUUUGAUAGGUGUUUUGACGAAUGUGUAAAGAUGAACAUCAUGCGGAAAUUGCUUGUUGGGCAUUCAAGGGGUGCUGCAAUGGGUGAAGAUCCACCUCAAUCUUCUCAGCACACUGCACUUGGUCUCAUGCAUUUACAUAAACUUUUCAGCGAGUUAGUGCAUUCACCCCAUCCUUUAAGUCAAACUGAACAAGAACAAAGGCUUUACAAUAUGCUUCCUUUAUUUUGCAAGGUAUUUGGUAACUGUCCCUCCUCCGACAUGAUAGAAAAAUUUUCUGAAAUAUUAUCUUUUUGUCAGCUAGUGUCUAGAUUAAUGGUAUCUGAAAUACGCCGCAGAGCAUCAAAUCAAAGUACAGAAGCUGCUAGUUGUGCUAUAGCAAAAUUCUUAGAAAUUUCCAGUACUGAAGAACUCAGCAAUGGCUGGAUGUUAUUAACUGCUGUAAACUUGCUUGCUGCAGGCAAUGCAGCUUUAGUGGACAUAAUGACAGCAUCCUCUUUACCUUCUACUUUAGUGAAGUGCCUCUACCUCUUUUUUGAUUUGCCCCCCAUUGAAAACCCGGAUGAUAUUGAUCCUGAUUGUGAAUUUUCUCCCAAAGAGAGAAGGAUAUUACUGCAAAAAGUUUUUGUUCAGGUUUUGGUGCGACUUUGUAGCCACUCUGGCCCAGCAGAAGAAUUGAGCCGAAAAGAUGAUCUCGCUCUUUUAUUUAGUGCUAUAACAAGUUGGUGUCCUGCUCAUAAUACUGUUUGGAGAAAGAGUGCAGCAGAGGUUCUCAUGACUCUUUCUCGGCAUGGCCUUUCCCACUCUGUUGUUAGCUAUAUCCACAAUAAAGCUUGCAUAGCACUCUGCAUUGAAAACAUGCAAAGAGUUCAAGAGUUAUCCCCCCUUGAAAUCGUUGAAAUGUUUGUCACUGUGUUUUGUUUCCUGAAAGACUCUAGUGAAGUGUCACAGAUGAUUUUGGAUGACUUUCGAACUUGCCAGGGAUACAUUUUUCUCUCAGAGUUUCUUCUUAGGCUAGAACAGAACACUUCUGAAGAAGCUUGUGAAGCCCUCCGUAAUAUAGUGCUGCUUAUCGCUUCCCUCACUUCUUGUGGCUAUAUUGAGCUAAAACCUAGCCAGGCUAGUACUGGUUCCCUUUUCACAUUGCCUGGCUUCCAGAUCCCUCAUUCAACAGCAGGUGCCAGUGUAAGAAAUCUUCAAGCAUUCCAAGUGAUACAAUCAGUGUUUAUGAAGGCUCAGACUCCUUACUUAUGUAGCUUGCUUCUGGACGCUGUGAGCACUGUAUAUCAUUCUGACAAAGCUAAUUAUUUCAUUCUAGAAAGUCAACAUACUCUCUCUCAAUUUUCAGAAAAAAUUCAUACUAAACCAACUGAAAUUCAGGAAAAGUUUUUCAAGUUACUAGAAUUUAUAAUAUUUGACUUGAAUUUUGUGCCUUGUAAAGAAUUUAUCAGCUUAAGUAUCCUGUUAAAAACUCAAAACUCCACAACCUGUAGUAUGUUGUGUUUAAAAAGCCUCUUGAAUAUAUUACAUUCCAAUUCUAUGUUUAAAGAUGUCUACAGAGAAGUUGGCCUUUUAGAAGUUUUAGUUACAUGUUUGCAUAGGUAUGCAGCAAUAUUAAAAGAAGCAUUCCCAGAUGCAUCAGAUGAGCAACCAGCUAAUUGGGAAAUUCCUGAAGAACAAUUGACUUUAGGAUCACUUGUCAUGGAGGCCUUAACUGCACUGCUGAAUUCAAACUCAGGCAAUGCUAGUGUUUUUAGAGAAAGUGGAGGAGCACGAUGUGCUCACAACAUGGUUCCUUAUCAUAUAUGUCGUCAAGCAGCUUUAGGAAUUGUACAGCAACUUGUUUUAAGUAAUGGUGGUGAUGAUGAUAUGGGCACUCUUUUAGGCCUAAUGCAUACAGCUCCUGUUCUUGCCCUGGACUUAAAAACUCAUAUUUUGAAGUCUCUGUUGUAUGUGUUAAGGGAGAGUCAUAGAACUAGGACAGUUUUUCGUAAAGUUGGUGGAUUUGUUUAUGUGAUGUCAGUUUUAGUUUCAAUGGAAGGUUGUCUAGCAGAUCCUCCCAAACCACCCUGGAAUACUGUUGAAAAAAAAGAAAUCCUUAUUCUACUUCGUACCUUAUUUCAUACCUUAGCUAUGGCAAUGAGGUAUGAACCUGCCAAUGCAAGAUUUUUUGCUUCUGAAAUCUGUCACACCAGUCUGACCGAUACUGUUCGAUUGUUGGGAUGCUUUAGCAAUAAUGUUACAUUGGAUGAUAAUAGUGAGAAAAUAUGCAAUUUACCCGAUGACCAUGUCUUUCAUUUAAUUUUUUCCAUGGCUAAAGAUACAAAGAUUGCUGUAUCUAGUGUGCCAACUCCUUUGAUUUCAUCUUGUCUAAUAUUUAGGCUAUUGUAUGACACUGCAACAGAUGCUUUUGAUAAACCUAACAUACCAGCUCCUCUACAUCGUGCUCAUUCUGAGACUGACACACAUAAUUUAACUGAAACUACCCAAGUGAGCUCACCUAACAAAAGGUCUGCUUUUACUAUGAAUUUCACUCCUCCAACUCCCGAUGCCAUGAUUGUUCAUCCAGGUGUAGUGGUCUCAAUGCAUCAUUUAUUGCCAUCUGUGCGAAAUCACACAAAACCACAGAUGGCGCUGACUCUUCAGUGUUACCUGACUGAAGUGUUGCGCUCCCUUGUGAGGUCUGAGAGGAACCAACAAGUAAUGUGUGAAUCAGGGCUUCCAGGCGAAUUACUCGUCCACUGUCACAUUGCGUUGGAAAAUGAAUCUCACUCACUUCAUCCUCCUUUACAGUACAUAUUUGAACGUCUCUCUGCACAAUCUUUAGAACCAAAAGAUCUCAGAGAAUUUCUGAGAUUAGGCUCACCCCUGUGUUGUACUUCAUUUGACGAAGAUGCUCAGGAAACUAUGAAAUCCCUCAGUAGAAAUAUUCGACCAGCUAAUCAUAGAGAUGGUGGCCCAGUUCCUCUAACAAGGGUCAAAACUUUAGUCUCCAUGACCACUCCUCGUGACUGCCGCCUGCAUGGGACGUCUAUAAUGCCACCUUUUGUUGAGUUCGACAUGAGCUCAGAAGGCUUCAGCUGCCUUUAUUUGCCGAGUGUAGCUCCUCAAAGUGUCUCUGCACCUGCUGUUGUUGGUGUUGGAAUGGUCUCUAUGGGAUCAGAUGUAUCUGUGAUUGGAGGCAUAGGAACUGGUGACAGAGUUUUUCCUCCCCAAACUGGAUUAACUUAUUCCACAUGGGUAUGUUCUGAAAAGUUUAGCGAUCCUCAUAGUGAUCCUCACGCUAUUAGACUCUUGACAUUAGUUAGAAAUAUACAAGGGCGUGAUGAGCAGCUAAUUUGUUUGAGUAUUCAGAUAUCAUCCAGAGAUAAAGCAUUGUUGAUUUCCACAACUGAAACCAUGAUGCAUCAAUCAACUGGUGUUGAUUGGGAGCCUGAGGAACGUGAAGAAUGCUGUGUUCGAAUAUGGUGUCCUGAGCUGUUACAAGAGGGACAAUGGCACCACUUAGCAAUUAUUUUAAACAGAGCUGUCCUUAAAAACAGUUCUGUGUCAGUAUAUGUUGAUGGCCAACAUCAUAGUACUCAAAAACUCCAUUACAUUUCUCAAAAUCCUGGUGGAGGUGCAGCCAACCUGACAGUGGCGACCUCUAUCUUUGGCUUCAUUGGAACACCUCCACAGUUUCGAAGACAAUCUAAGCUGUUGUGGAAGCAGGGGCCAUGCCAUCUGGUGGAAGAAGUAUUCUCACCUGCUGCUGUUUCAAUGCUCUAUCAGCUGGGACCAUGUUAUACUGGCAGUUUCCAAGCACCAACACUUUCUGGUGUUGAUGUACACCAGCCAUUAGUUGCUGAAGAGAAAAUAGUCUUUGGCAUCAAUGCUGCAGCUGUGUCUGUAAUGACUCUAGCCAAAAUUCGAAGAGUUUACAGCAAAGCUGAUUGUAGAUCUAUUGCAAAAAUGCUUGGUAUGUCUUCACAUGAAAAUGCAACUCCUAUUCAUAUUCUGCAUAAUUCAGGUGGACAUCUUAGUGGACCUGCUCGAUGUUUGGGUGGCAUUCUUGUUGGAUAUCUUGGUGCUAGGACAUUUGUUCCACAUCCUGUCUCCCUUACCAUCGAUAAUGUUGGUGGUACUGCUACUCUUUUAGGGCUUGUUGCUAUGGCUAAAGAUGUUGAAGGUCUUUAUGCUGCAGUGAAGGCUCUGGUAUGUGUUGUUAAAAGCAACAGAGCUGCACAACAGGAAAUGGAUCGUAUGAAAAGAUACCAGACGUUAGCCAUGCUGUUUAAAAAGAAAAGGAGUCUCUUAAAUAGUCAUAUCCUUCACCUGACAUUCUCUUUAGUUGGCACUGUUGACAGUGGACGAGAAAACACAUCCAUUCCUAAUGUAUCGGCUUUUGAGGAUCUGCUCUGUGAUCUUGAAGUUUGGCAAGAUUCCCCUGGAGAUCUCCAGAAGUCUUUGUAUGAGCAUUUUUGUGAACUUGUUGCUGAAUCCAGUGAACAUAAAUCAAACUUAAAAAUUCUCAGAGAUCUUAAUAUGGUAAGCAGACUUCUACAAGUUCUCAAACAGUUGCACUUAUCAUCAGCUACCUGCAGAAUACUUUGCCGAUUAUUAUGCAUACUUCUGCAAGAUACCAAUAAGAAUGGUGACAUUAAAUGUUUUGGCCAAUUUAUUGCUGCUACCAUUCCAGUAUCAUCUAUAAGGGAAAAAGAAAUAGAAAUAAAAGGAAAUAUUAAUAAUGCUCUUAGCAACUGUGAAAAUAAGGAGUUUGUUGAUGCCAAAAUUAACCAAAAUGUUCUUCUGAGAAAUCAUUGUCUUGCUUUAUUAUGCUCUUUAUUUUCGAGAUCAGGAGUUGUCAAUUAUACGUUUUGUGAAACAGUUGUCAAGUGCUUGGGUUUUGAUUGGGUGCUUUUGUUUCUGCAAGAACAUUUACAUCCCACCACUGUCAUUUGGGGAUUAAGAAUUCUAUCUAUUUUUCUGAGUCACCAGCAUCUUCUUCAGCUCUUCAGAGAAUCAUCUGUUAAUGGUGGCUGGUUAGCUGAAACUGAUGCUGUCCUUAAUAAUCGUGUCGAUGUCGCUUUAGGUUUCAACAUGAGUGGUUCUAAUCCAAAAUCGUUUGGGAGUGUAGAUGUAACUGAUGAAGCUGCCCAUGUUCCUGGCUUUCAACAUCUUCAAUAUCUCAUGGUACAUCAUGUUGAAAUUCCUGAGGUUUAUUUUUUACUUCUAUCAAUUAUGUUGGGCCUUUUUCCAUCAGCUUUACCACCAACUGUCACCCUCACAAUGGAUGUUAUAUGGUCAUAUUUGUUUGGUGCUCCUACUGGACAAAAUCCUAACAAUCUGAUUAUAUCUCGGGGUGAAAUUUGUCAAGAGGCUGCUGUUGUAGCAUUAGCAAUGAUCAGAACUAUAAUCCAUAUGGUUGACCAAAGUGAAGUAGUUUCAGAGUAUGCAAUUACUCUUCUGCAUUUCUUCAUCUCUUUGUACCACAAUCGAUCUGAUUUUGUGACUGUUUGUAUGGGUCAAGAUGUAAUAGCUGCAUUAGUGGCUUCUUUGUUUCCACCUGCACAAUCUGUUCAAGAUCAUGAUAUGGUUAACUCACCAUUAGAAGACUAUCAGACUUACAAUCCUGAACAGCAGUUUGUAUUCUUGCAAUCAAAGAACAGUUCCAGUUAUUAUGACAGGGAUUCGCUUACCACUCAUAGUGCCAGGAAGUUUGUUAUGGAUUUCCUGAGAGUCAUUGUUGUGGACAGUUUCUCCCUGCCACCUACUCCAAAACAUGCACCUGUCAUUGAUUUGUUGUUAGAGGCUAUACCCAUAGAUUCCACUCACAAUCAGCAAUGUGAAUUUCAAAUGGAUAUUUUAUCAUUAGUUAUGGAUCACCUACUUGCUGCUGAUGUUUUAUUAGGGGAACAAGCAGCUAUGCCCAUAGUUGCAGGAGGCAGCUAUAGCAACAUUGUGCCAAAUGUAUUCUAUUUUACCAGUUGUCUUGUUGAUAAAUUGUGGCAAGGUGUUUUUGCUAAAGAUUCACAUAAAGUUUUAGAUUUUAUAAUCAAAUUAAUCGCUCAAGCCAAAAGAAAAGGUUCAUCUUCUAUAUCAUUUGAUAGUGUUUAUCGAAGUCUAAAUAGAACAAUUCUCUAUCAGCUAUCACGAACAAUGGAGAGUGUCGUGGACCAAAUGGUUGUGUUGGAAGGCUUGCAAAAAAUUGCUGCUCAUAAAAACAUUGUGAUUGCACCUGCAAAUCAUGAAAAUGAAUUCUUCGGUUGCCUGUGUUACUGCCUUCUACUACUGACAGAAGAUCCUAAUCACUGUUCCAAUUCCAACCAGAAGAGUACUUGGCAUGUUCCUGCUAAUUUUAAAGAACAGAAAGAAAAUAAACACAGGACAUCUGCUGAAGAAGCAGCAUCCCUUAUAUCUAAUGCUGCUAAUAGAGUUUGGGAAGAAUUAUAUAUCAGCCGUCGACAAGUGUUGGAAGAGUUUUGCAAAGUGCAAUUCAGCAAUUUCAGCAGUUACACUUCUCCAUCUCCUAAAGUGCCAACUCUCGAAUGUAUGAGGGGUGUAGUGCAAGAGCCUAUGAGUAAGUUAUGGCACAACUAUCUAGAGAGUGAACGAAAGCAAGGAUACACCAAAGAGACUUGGCAGUUCCAAACUCAAUUUCAAACUAAACUGCAAAAAGUUACUGGAGGACUGUCUCGCUUAGCUUCAAGAAAAAUGAAAAAGGACCACCCAUUCCGUGCACCUGUAAGCAAUGUUUCCUACAAGGAAUUAGAACUGUAUACUUCCUCUCAUGUGUCACUUGUACGAGAUCUUGUAGAAUUUCAGUCAAAGCAACAUCAGCAAAACAAGCAGUACUUAUUGAAGUAUGUCUUUAAUGAGUGGUUACAAACUGAGGCAGAGUUGACGAGAGAACGUGCUCUUUGGGGAUCACCUUUAGGAACUCAUUUAGAUAAAUGGAUGCUUGAUAUGACAGAAGGUCCAUGCCGAAUGAGGAAAAAAAUGGUUAAAAAUGAAUUGUUUUACAUUCAUUACCCAUACAGGCCUGAAGUAGAAGGAGGAGAAAAUCGAGCUUUAAAAUACAAAGUUGCCACAAGUUUUGAUAGUAAGGAAUAUUACAAGAGGUGGAGGCCAGAGAAUAUGGUGGAACAAGAUACAAUCUCUGUUGAUGCUACUUCUCUUGACAGUGUGGAUGUUAACAAUCUUGAAACUGAAUCUUCAGAAGAACGAGAAAUUGGUUUUCAAGGUUUGCGUGCAGCUCUCCUUUUGUCAAAGUCUUCUGUUAAUCGCUCUAAUGAUUGGGAUGAAGACCAAGAUAUAUCUGAAGUUGUAACAGAUGGAUCUGGUGAACAAGAUCGAAGCAGUGAAAGUAGUCCUGAAAAUCAAAACAUCUUAAGAUUGUUAGAAGAUGGAGAAAAGAUUACUCAUAUGUUUCGCUGUGCGCGGAUACAAGGUCUUGAUACUUGUGAGGGUUUGCUAUUAUUUGGGAAGGAGCACUUUUAUGUUGUUGAUGGUUUUACCUUGCUAAAGACCCGUGAAAUUAGAGAUAUUGAUUCAUUGCCUGUGAAUAUGCAUGACCCGAUAAUACCAAAUUCUACUCCUAUGAAUAAGCAUCAAAAGAGAAUGUGCAGCAAAUUUUCAUAUGAUGAAAUUAAAGAUGUUCAUAAGCGGCGUUAUUUGUUACAGCCUAUUGCUCUUGAAGUUUUCUCUGCUGAUGGUCGUAACUAUCUUCUUGCCUUUCCUAGAAAAAUAAGAAAUAAAGUUUAUGCUCGAUUUUUAGCAACAGCCACUGCAAUAACUGACAGCGCACAAGAAUCAUUAGCUGGUCAAAAAAGAACUGCCAAUGUUGAAUCAAGUGCUAAUUUAUUGAGUAGCCUUAUUGGGGAUACAUCUGUUACUCAGCGAUGGGUGCGUGGUGAAAUCAGCAACUUUCAGUAUCUGAUGCAUCUAAACACCUUGGCUGGCCGAUCUUACAAUGAUUUAAUGCAAUAUCCUGUGUUUCCUUGGAUAUUGGCUGAUUAUGAUUCUGAGGAGCUGGAUUUAAAUGACCAGGCAACAUUUCGUGAUUUUACCAAACCUAUGGGCGCUCAGACGCCUGAUAGGCUUCACCAAUUUCUGAAACGCUUUAAGGAGUGGGAUGAUCCGCAUGGUGAAACUCCACCAUAUCAUUAUGGAACAUUUUAUUCAUCAGCAAUGAUAGUUGCAUCAUAUCUUGUGCGAAUGGAACCAUUCACGCAACAUUUCUUGCAUUUACAGGGUGGCCAUUUUGAUCUUGCGGAUCGUAUGUUUCACAGCAUUAAAGAUGCCUGGCUUUCAGCUGCUAAGCAUAAUAUGGCGGACGUGAAAGAGCUCAUUCCAGAGUUCUUCUAUCUGCCAGAAUUCCUUCUCAAUUCCAAUAAUUUUGAUUUAGGUUCUAAACAAAAUGGAGUGCCUUUAAAUGACAUUGUUCUUCCACCUUGGGCUAAAAAUGACCCUAGAGAAUUCAUUCGUGUCCAUAGACAAGCCUUAGAAUGUGAUUUUGUAAGUACUCAUCUUCAUGAAUGGAUUGAUUUAAUAUUUGGAUACAAGCAACAGGGGACUGCAGCUGUUGAAGCUGUGAAUGUUUUCCACCAUCUGUUCUAUGAAGGGAAUGUUGAUAUUUAUAGCAUUGAUGAUCCUCUUAAGAAAAAUGCUACCAUUGGUUUUAUUAACAAUUUUGGCCAGAUACCAAAGCAGCUAUUUAAAAAACCUCAUCCCUCAAAGAAAAUUACCAAUCGAACUAGUAUCAUUGAUCCAGGCCCCAUAAUGCCAGGUUUAAGCUACAGCUUAGACAAAUUAUUUUUCCACAAUCUUGACAAUUUAGAACCUUCUAAACAUGCUGUCAAAGAUGUAAAAGGACCAGUUGGACAUAUAGUGUUUCAUGAAAAAACCCUAAUGGCUGUGGAACAGCAUAAAGUGUUAGUUCCACCACUCUAUUCCAGAUAUGUAGCCUGGGGUUUUGCAGAUCACAGCAUCCGUAUUGGACCUUAUGAAAUGGAAAGAGCUCUCUUUGUUUGGGAAGAUACCCCUUCUGGGGAGAUUUUGUGCUGUGCUGCCCCUAAUGACAAAAUCAUCAUAACUGCUGGGACCAAUUCAAUGGUUACUGUAUGGCACUAUGACAAAAAGAAACUGACCAUUAAGAAGAAUCUAUAUGGUCACACUGAGCCAAUCACAUGUCUGGCUGCGUCCCGUGCGUAUAACUUAAUUGUCAGUGGCUCUCGCGAUAGAACGUGCAUAUUGUGGGACCUUAGCCGACUUGUUUUUGUACGCCAGUUGCUCGGUCAUCCUGCUCCUGUUGCUGCCAUUGCAAUAAAUGAAGUUACGGGUGACAUAGCAACAUGUGCUGGGACUCACUUAUUUCUCUGGUCAAUCAAUGGAGAUGAAAUAGCUUCUGUUAACACUGCAACUGGUAGAGCGGACAGGACGCAGCAAAUUCUAUGUGUAGCUUUCUCAUACUUGAAUGAAUGGGAUAACCAAAAUGUUAUCAUGACUGGAUCCAGUGAUGGAGUGGUCAGGAUGUGGUCUGCUGAUUACGUUCAAAUUCCAGAAGAUACUUGCCUUAGUGUGGAAGAAGAGAGUAAAACCGUUUCCACUGAUAAAAAAGAGGACCAAACUGAUUCCAAAGAAGCAGAAACCGAAGUGGAAACAAAGGCUGCUGAAAUAGUUCGAAGAAUGAGCUUGGCUGGAUCCAAGGACAUUGGAGAACUGAUACAAAGAAGCACAUUGUGUGCAACUGACCACAAAAAUCGCUUUACCAAGAGUGCAUCUGGUAGCUCUUUGUCUGAGGAAGAAAAGGAUGAUGAAGAUUUCGAAGAUCUCGGAGAAGAAGAGAACCUAAAAAGUCCUGUGAAUUCUAACGAAGUUCCAAAAGACUCUCUCAUUCCAACCCAAAUUCAGCAUUCCAAGACUGUUUCUCAUUUCCACAGUAAAGAAAUAGAACAGGACUCAAAAGAAGUGGCCAAAACUAAAAAAUUAGUCCACUCUGAGCAUUUUGAGUAUCCACCUGAACAUCCUAGCAAUGUCCAACGCUGCAGCACUGUUGGUCCAGAAGUGACCAAUCAGAGCAGUGAAGAGAUGGUGGAUUCUGCGAGCAGUAAGAUGCGCCUGAGCAAGUCGGAUACCUCACUCACUGACUCGUUUGUGAUGAUAUCUGAUAACGAUGCCUUAGAUAAUAAUGGCUCUGCUGUCAGAGUGAAAAAGAAGAAGAAAGUUCUUAAAGAUGGUUUCAAGUGGCAUUGCCAAUUAGUCUUCCGAAGCAAAUUGACAAUGCAUACAGCUUUUGACAGAUCUGAUAACACUGAACCUGCUGCCAUUACAGCUCUUGCUGUAUCAAGAGAUCACAAGACAGUGUAUGUGGGUGAUGCAAGGGGUCGGGUAUUCAGUUGGAGUGUGACAGAUAAGCCAGGACGUGGCCUUGCAGACCACUGGGUGCGAGACGAAGGAGGUGACAACUGUACGGCAUGUGGUGUCAGGUUUUCAUUCUCUGAACGAAGACAUCACUGCCGCAACUGUGGACAACUCUUCUGUUCCAGAUGCAGCCGCUUUGAAUCAGAAAUCAACAGGCUUCGAAUACUGAAACCCGUACGUGUGUGUCAGGGUUGUUACAAUGUGCUAAAGAGUCAACAAGAGAGCUCUACUGCAUCUUAGUCAUUCAUUAUAGCAGUCAUAGCCGAUAAAAAGAUAUAUAUUUAUUUUGUUUCCAUAUAGCAUAUUUUUAUUAUUUUCGUCUGGUAAGUCAGAUUGUGCUUUCCCACAACCAUAUCCUAUUGAAGAAAAAUGUGUUUAUAUUGUAUACAUAUAAAUUAUAUAUUUCUCAUCGUUACUGCAAAGCAUUACUUAGUGAAGCAGAACUCACCACUGUAUGUUUCUCUUUUUCUAAUGAUGUGAUCCUAAUGUUGUAAAAGAAGAACAGCAUUGCAUUGGAAUAGUCCACACUGUUUUUCCCCCUUUUUAUCUGUUAAACUAAAGUUGUUUUUUCCUGAUAUCAAUCAUUUAGUAUUAUUUUGAUUUAAUCUUAUUAUUAUGUUAAAAAAAUGAAUUCUGUUGUCUGAUAUUGAAGUGAUUAGUGAGCUUUUUUGUGAUAUUUUGUGUAGUUUUGAAUUUUUUUUUUUGUCCUUUGGGCUUAUAUUUCAGUUUAAAAAAGUUUUGGAAUAAUAAUUCUGUGUAAAAAUUUCAGAAAAUAAAGUAUCACGGUUAUAAACCAUUGCAGUAUGUCAAACUAUUCUAUUCUUUUUAUUAAAUUGCUGCCAAAUGUUCUGUAAUGACUGUAUUUAUAGUAGCCUAUUUUUAUCAUAGUCUCAAGAUACAGGUAUAAAAUGAAUUAUAUCCAAAACAGUGUUUUAAUGUGACUAAUUUAAAAUUGUAAAAGAUAAUACAAUAAUUAAUAAUUUUCUUUUGAAAGUGAUCUUUUCUUUUUAUACUAUCAAAUUGAAACUCAGAUUUUUUUGGAAUAAGUAAUUUUAUUUAAUCAUUUUCUAGCAAAACAUGUCGACCUAUUUGUUAUCUAAAAUAUUAAAGUGAACUUUGUUCCUGUUUGCAGAGCCUAUAUAAGAUAAUGCUCUUUUCUUAAGGCUGCUCAGAUUUAUAUAGUUUUUUUCUGUCUUCUGAACAAGAAUUUUAAAUAAUAGAGCGCACUAUGUACAAAGCAUGAUAACAGAUAACUCAGUUAAUUUCUUAUCAAAGACAUCUAAAAAUGACUGACUAUUUAAAGAAAAUAGAAACAGUUAGAAAUGUAAUGUUUGCUUAGGAAUUAGAUUUUUCAUUCUCCUAAAGUUUAAAAAUUUGUUUUACAGUUCAUCAUAAAAUGGCACUGCGAUUUGAAGAUAAUUGUGGCAUCGUAUUUUAAAAAUAUGUAGUGCUGUGUAAGAACUAAAUUAAGAUUCUUGUUCCAUAUUUCAGUUGAGAUGAUCUGAUGCGUAGCUGAAAACUUUUUUUCUUGAAGUGAUUUUCAGAAAACUUUUUCAUUAAUUGAUUUUCAGGAAAGUUAUUUCUUUAAUUGAUUUUUGAAACUGUCAGCCUUUUUUUUAAUAUUUGGUAUUUGUAUAAGCAGCAUUGCAUUUUUUUAUUGAAAUGCAUUGUUGCAGUAAAAUAUUUCAAUAUAAAGUAGAAUUUGUGACUUUGAAGAAGUAUUAAAUGUCACUAAGUAUUCUGAUUGCAUGAAAGCAGUUAUGAAAUUUUAGGGGGAAGGAAAAAAGGCUAAAUGAAAAUUAUAAAUCAGAUAAACAAAUUUUAAUACAUAUCUUAUAAAACUAUUAGAGAAAUAUUUACUUUAAUGUAAUUGAAUUAUUGACAUAAUAAGUUAGGAAAAUCAGUAAUGUUUGUUUUUGUAUUUUAUUUUAAAUGUUUCAAAUCAAAUUUCUUGGUAAAAAAAAUCUAAUUUAUCUAUUUUCUUAAAAAAAUGUGAUAUUAAUAUUGUAUUAUAAUAUAAAAUUUAUGAAAUAAAUAAACUAUGAAAUUUAAUCAUAGUCUGUAAAUAGUAAGAAUAUUUCAGGACAAAUUUACAGUGUUCUUUAUUCUAUAAAGUUAUUUACUUUGCUAUAAGACUUUGUUUUUAAUUAUUUAUUACUAAUUAAAAAGUUGUUCAAUCUUGCAAGUUAAUAGGCUGAUUUGAAUAGAUAUUUUUAAUUUUAUACAGAUGAAGCAUUAUAUGUAUUGGUGUAAUUUCAAAUUAAUUUAACUGAUGUUAAUUCUGAAAAUAAAGUUCUCCAGCUAUGGUAAUUGGUUUUGAAAUUAGCUAUGUUAAUUGAAAUGGAUGCUGUUUUAAUUAAUAUUUUAAAAUUUUUUUUAUUUGUGCAUAUAAAUACUCAGUUAGUGUGACAGUAUGGAUUUUAACCCAAUUGAAUCAAUAUUUAUUUUGAAUAUGAAUUUAUAUGAAAUCGUUUUAAAUUAUUUAUUCUUAAUUAAAACAUGCAAGUAAAUUGGCUGAUUUGUCAAAUCUUUUUUUUAAUUAUUAUUGUUUAAGUAUUUAUGAAUUUUGAGUUUGUUUCGAAUUUCCUUUCUUGGCAGAUAUAUAUUGAAGAUUAAACUAAUUUUAUUAAUGUUUAUUGUAAGAAUUUUUUUAUUCAUUAGGCUGUAUGAAUCAUACUUAAAUUAUUUUACAAAAUAGAAAGUGCAUGUAAAUCAAUCUAAUCUUUUAUUUCUUAAAUUUUUAAAGCUCUUAUAUGCUAAUUUAUGACGAAGUAGUUUUAGACUUAAUUGUUGUCAUAUUUUUAAUCUAUUUUAAUAAUAUUUCUAUGCAUUUGAGAGAGGUGUAAAACUAGUUUUACCUUAAUUGUAAGAUGUGAUAGAAAUAAGAUUUUAUAUUUGAGUUUAGUGUUUGAGCUUUUUGUUCUCAUGUAUACAGUGUAUAUUUUGAAAUAUUAAAUACUGACGACAACCUGUGUUUAAAUUAUAUUGUAUAUGUAUAUAUGUGUGUCAGUUUUUCUGUAAAUAUGUAUUUAUUUUUCAAUGAAUUUUGAAGUGUAUCUUUUUAAAAGUGUUUAUAAGUAGACAUGAUUUUAUGGACACCAAUACAAUUCUGUCAGCUUUUGCAAAUAAGAGUUUUUAUAGAAUUUUGUCAUAGGACGAAAUAUGUGACUCACUUGUUGAGAAUUUUUAGAUUGUAAUGCUAGUGAGUGUAAAAUAAAAGUUUUCAUACAAAAUUAUCAUGUGUACACAAUAUGUAAUGAUUACUAAUGCCAUGUAAAGUGUAAAUAUAAGAGAUUGUUGUAGCAUAUGUCAUAAUUAAAAAGUCAUUGAAUUCAAAUAAAAAUUAAAUUCACCCUG